CCUCUCUGUUUCCUGCUUUCUUUUGAGGCUCUGCUCCCAUCAAUCUCUUUUACCGCCUUUUUAGGUGAACUUUGAACGCGGAGCCAAGAAGAUCCGAUAUGGUGGGCGUCUUCCUCAAUUUCUUUUACUGGCUUUGUAGCAUCUGCUCCACCAAUUCUCUCGAGAUGGAAAGAGAAGAACCCACUCCUUCAGCAGAAGAUCCGACGUACAGGGCGUCUUCCUCGUCGACCUCUCCUAGUGCAGGUGACUAUGAAGGCGGAACCAAAAAGACGAAAGGAGAUAAUUACGAAGUGUUCUUGAGCUUUAGAGGGAAAGACACCCGCAAAGGCUUCACCGAUCAUCUCUACACGAGCCUUGUCAAUGCAGGAAUUCACGUGUUCAGAGACGACAACGAGCUCCGUGUGGGUGAGGAGAUUGGUCCGGAGCUUCUCUGCAGUAUUACGCAGUCCAAGAUCUCAAUCCCGAUUAUCUCGGAGAACUACUCUUCCAGCAAGUGGUGCCUUCGCGAGCUAACUCAGAUGUUGAAGUGCAGGAAAAGCGGAGGACAAAUAGUGCUGCCCAUAUUUUACAAAGUGGAACCCUCACAAGUGCGGCAUCUUACGGGGAGAUUGGGAAAUGCUAUCAAUGCACACAGACGGAAAUUGGACGAAAAUGUUGUGAAGGAAUGGGAAGAAGCGCUCAAAGAAGUCAGUUCCUUGAAAGGAUGGGAAUCGAAGAAAAUUGAUAAUGGGCAUGAAGCAGCACUGGUUAAGAUUGUUGUUGGGAAAGUCAUGAGCGAAUUAAAUAGAAAUUUUCAGCUAACUCUUCCCAAAGAGUUGGUUGGAGUUGAUGAUCGUGUGGAAGAGAUUAUGAGCCUGAUAGAUGCUAAAUUUACAAAUACAGCGAUUAUCGGAAUCUGUGGAAUGGGCGGCAUCGGUAAGACAACUCUAGCAAAGGUCCUGUACAACAAUCUCUCUAGUCAUUUCGAACAUCGUAGCUUCUUGACAGAUAUUCGAGAAACAUGUGCACGCAAGGGUAUUGAAUGCCUGCAAAAUCAGCUCAUUCGCGAUAUACUAGGAAGCUCCAUAUGACGUGUCUAAUGUCGAGGAGGGAAUCAAUGUCAUAAGGUCUCGCUUUACAAGUAAGAAAGUCCUCAUUGUCCUUGAUGAUGUGGAUGAUCAUACUCAUUUGAAUGCUUUGGCCGGAGACAGUAGUUGGUUUGAAGCUGGUAGUAUAGUCAUCAUAACAACUAGAAACAAGAGUAUUCUUGAGGAGGCUACGACAAGCCACAUCUACCAACUCAAAGAGUUGCGUUUGGCUCAAUCGCUGAUUUUAUUCAGUAGACAUGCUUUUCGAAAGGAUUCUCCUGAGAGCGAUUAUGAGGAUAUCUCUGCUGAUGUUGUAUCGACUACUUGGGGGCUUCCCUUAGCGCUCGAAGUUAUAGGUUCGUUUUUAUGUGGAAAGGGAAAAGAAGUAUGGAAAGAUACAUUAAAGAAAUUAAAGAAGGUGCCUCAAAAGAAAGUGCAAGAGAAGUUGAGGAUAAGUUACGAUGCGUUAGAUCGUGAGGACAAACAGAUAUUUCUGGAUAUUGCAUGUUUUUUUAUUGGGUGGCAUAAACAAAGUCCAAUUUAUAUGUGGGAUGCCUGUGAUUUUUUCCG